GUCCCAGCUCCGACUCGAAAGCCUCGAAGACACGCACAUCAUCAAGGGGGAAGACGACGCAUUGUCGGACAAGCACGGCUGCCCGGCCUACGUGAGCCCCGAGAUCCUCAACACCACCGGCACCUACUCCGGGAAGGCUGCGGACGUGUGGAGCCUGGGGGUGAUGCUCUACACCCUCCUGGUCGGACGGUACCCCUUCCACGACUCGGACCCCAGCGCCCUAUUCUCCAAGAUCCGGCGCGGACAGUUCUGCAUCCCCGAGCACGUGUCCCCCAAGGCCAGGUGCCUCAUCCGCAGCCUCCUGCGGCGCGAGCCCUCCGAGCGGCUCACGGCCCCCGAGAUCCUGUUGCACCCCUGGUUCGAGGCCGCCCUGGAGCCUGGCUACGUCGACGCGGAGGCGGCAGCUUCAGACCAGGUGGUUCCCGAGCACCGGGAGGACAGUGACCUGAGCGCCUUCUUCUGCUGA